AUGGACGAGCUCGAGCCGAAUGUUGUUGAGAUGAACUUCAAGGAUGUCAACGAUCAGACCAGGGAAAGUGUCAUGGCAAUCUCCGCAACUUGCCUCCGCACGGGCAGCGGCAACGUCAGGGGCGCAGUGUGCAUAGGACAAGACAUCUCAGCCAUCACAUCGGAGAGGCGCAGGGCGCAACGUUUGGCAGACGGAUUGAAUCGCUUGAUCGUAUCAGCGAACGCACCCAUUUUCCAAGUCGACUUGUCGGACAACAUCGUCAUCUGGAACAAGUGGCUGGAAAAUGCCACUGGGCUGUCCCGGGACAGCACCCUGGGCUGUCACAUCUCCGAGGUACUCAGCCCAGGUUCAAAGAAGAAGUUCCAGGAUGCCUGCCGGAAGGUUCUCAACUAUUGCGAUGCGGAACGCUUCGAAGUGAAUUUGGUGAAUCAAGAAGACCAGAAAAUCACGUUGCUUCUUACGGCGACACCAUGUGUUGCCGUCUCGGGCGAGAUCAGCGGAGCCAUCUGCAUCGGCCAAGAUAUCACAAGACUCAAAGACCUAGAUGAGCGCAAGGCAUCAAUGAUGGCAAUGGUUUCUCAUGAGCUGAAGAGUCCACUACACGGCAUCCUUGGUCUUUGCAGCUCCCUAAUGGGAGAUACAAACCUGGACGCAAGCAGGGUUGGCACAUCUUUGUCGGCGAUGUACAGCUGCGCAAACCGCUUGCUGGACAUGGUUGCCAACAUCAUGGACACGUCAGUUCUUGUGAACGACAAGAAGAUGCGAAUGUCAAAGGAUCCUGUCCAAAUGAAGGACAUCAUACAAGAAGUCGUAACUCUUUGCCUUUCGGCAACAAGCGGAAAAGAUGGGCAACCCAUGCUGAGACCAGGCGUACAGAUAAUCAACAAUGUGAAGGAACCGCUGCCCAUCAUCGAAGCUGAUGCUUAUCGCUGCACGCAGCUUGUGUACAAUCUGAUCACAAAUGCAAUGAAGCACCUCGGCAUCGCAUUCCAGGAGAAAGACCAGCAAUGA